AGGUGAAAUGAUAUUUAUUUUUACACGGGGCAGCAUGCAGAAUGUAUAAAAAAUAAAUGUGAAUUAAAAGCGAAAUUAUCUUAUUAAAUGGAAAUAUUUAUUGAAAGAAAUUGAAAUUUUUUAAAAACUUAACUUAAAAACUAAGUUUUACGAAGUGCAUUGUUUGAGACAUCGAAAACAUCAUCUGGAAACAACCAGUUGCGUCCGUAGGCAGUGAACUUUGACACAAAUAAAUAUCGAGACAGCAACGUUUAACGCAGUGGCGGCCCCCUCUGGGGUUACUUUCUCUUUUAGUCAAACUGAACAAAUUUGGCCAAAUUAAGUUAUCAGACCUCUCGAGCUAGUCAUUCUAUAAAAAGUAAACGACUAAAAAGUCGCAACAUGGCUACAAAGAGAAGGCCGAUUCGACCAAACGUUGGUGGUGGUGGACCACAAAUGAAUUUUCGUCCUGGCGGGCCAGAAAUAGGUAGAUCUGAAUCUAAGGGCACACGACCCACAGCUCCGCCAACCAGCAUCCGAGAGAUUUUCGUCAUGAUGGUCAUGCAUGUCUGCAAAAAAACCAUAUUCUUUGAUACGAAUCUUAAAGUGGCAUUGUAUUUGGGCAGUUUGUUUUUAGUAUCGUUGAUUGGCGAUUUCAUACCAUUUCCAAAAACCUAUUUUGCCCGAUCCGACAAUCUAUUUAAUGUAUUCUUUGUGAAAGUUGGUUGGGGCUGGACUCUACUGUUUACUGUGCCUUUUCUUGCCAUGACCUCAUAUACAUUGUGUUGCGGGGAUAUGAAGAAGUUAUUGCGUCACCACGCCCCUCGCAUUAUCAUAGCAACGUUCUUCUGGUUCUUCUGGACAAAGCUCUUUAAUAUAAUUGAGACAUCGUAUGGAAAGUGUACCAUUCGAAGUUUCCAAACAAAAUCUACUUGCCUCAAAGCCGGCCAUCUUUGGAGUGGUUUCGAUAUUUCAGGUCAUGCUUUUAUUCUAAUUCAUUCGAGCCUGGUGCUAAUUGAAGAAGCAAGACCUAUAAUAAAGUGGGAAUCGAUUAAGGAGCAUUUGCGCAAUGAAUUACACGAUCGUUCUGUAUCUGAACAGUCCAGUACAAAUCCUUUGCGAAAUUUAAAUGAAGAACAGAUGAAAAAUUUGAAAUUUCUCUAUGAGCGCCUAACACCAGUUAUACGUACGUUAUUCAUUGGCAUGGCAGCUUUGCAACUUUUAUGGGAUGUGAUGUUGGUGGGCACAAUGCUCUACUACCACCGUAUGAUAGAAAAGUUUAUAAGUGGUAUAAUAGCCAUAUUAACUUGGUACUUUACAUAUCGGUUUUGGUAUCGCUCAACAGGCGUUUUACCCGACCCAGCUGGAAGUGGAGACUUUUUCUAUCAGCGCGAGAAUAAAGACACAUUCGUUUUUAAACGUAACAAUAGUAUGACGUCUGCACCGUCAACAAGUAGUGGCAUAAGAAGUGGUGCCAACAGCAACAGCAGCGGCCCAUCGUCGCAAGUUCCCAAAUUUAUGGGAAUGCCUUUGUAUACUAGUCCGAGAGCAUCUAAUAACAAUUCUCAAGUAGUUAAUCCCAAUAAUGACACACUCUUUUGAUACAUAAUUUUUUAAUAUGUAAUAAAAUUAAAGGUCGAAGCUUUUUUAUCUCCUGAACAAAAAUAUGAUUGCUUUGGUAUUAAUUGCAUAACUGGAGGCUACUCGUGUCUGUUCUGAACAAAAGAAAAAUAGUAAAAAAAAGAUAACGAAUUUAGUGCAAUAUUUUUUUGUAAAGGUUUAAUUUUCGUCAUAAAUUUUAGAAUGUAUAUUUAUAAUUUAUUUACAUUAUUUUAAUUUAUUACAAAUUAACAUCUUCUGUUUUUAUGUCUUUGUUUCUUUUUAAUGUAGUGUUGGUUUAUUUUGUUAUAAUUAAAUAAUAUUUUAAUGUGUUGCAUUGCCA